AGCUGCCAAGAGUCAAAAUCCACACACCAAAUAUGCACAUUUCAGAAGUAUAUAUACACACAUGCAGGCUAAAUGUGCAUACACAGGCACUGGUACAAUUCUGCACAGACAGAAGUAUACAUACACAGAGACAGAACUAUAUUUACACAGACAUUUCAAAUAGAAGUUUAUUUACACAAAGACAUGAGUAAAUUUAAAACAUUUUAAACACAGACACGACUAUAUACACAUCACAAACACAUAGACAAUAGUAUACACUGCACACAAACACUACAAAUACAGAGAAUUGUCUGUGAAGAACAAACAUUUAUUUACGUUUAAAGCUAAGCUAAUGAAAUCAAAUACAUAAACGAUCUAACAUCAACACACACUCAUACGAAGCUCAGGGAUGUCGUCCAAGGCGGCCGCCGCCGCUUCUCCGUCAUCUUCAGUCGCCGGAAUUUCUCCUCCAGCUCGAGAAGCAUCAACCUUUUGCUCCAAUUCAGCCCAAAAUUCGUCUGUUGUAAUGAUCGUUUCCUUUACAAAGCCACCAAAAUGCAUUGAUUUUGAGGAGAGGAGGUGCUGGCGUCGAUGUGCUGCGGGAAGAAGAAAGAAACGAUGAAGGGGGAGAGAGGAGAGAGGCUGGGGUUGCAAUUUCACGUGAAGGAGGAAAGGGGUAAAAAAUGGUAAUUUUGGGGCCUAUUUAUAGUGCGUAGGUGUGUGUAUGAGUUUUGUAUACCCCAAGCCCAAUUGUAUUUGCCGAACACCCCUUUUAUCUGGUCAGAGCAAAUCCGGUACGGGAUCAAAUAAUUCAGGGAAUUCCGGUACCUCUUGGACCGGGGUUUAUUAGUACUGAGUGACAUUCAACCACCAGUCAACACUUUUCGUCACUCCGUUCCUACAAUCCAACCUCCAAUUUCUCCCACUAUAUCUCAUCAGGAAAAACAGUCGCAUUGUGCGUUUCAGAAUCCAUGGCGGCGGCGGCGGCGGCGGAAGGAAAAGGAGUGAAGGUCCCGAGAAUGAAGCUGGGUUCGCAGGGGCUGGAAGUGUCGGCGCAAGGCCUGGGCUGCAUGGGAAUGUCCGCCUUCUACGGCCCGCCCAAGCCGGACGCCGAUAUGAUCAGCCUCAUCCACCACGCCGUCAACUCCGGCGUCACCUUCCUCGAUACCUCCGACAUGUAUGGCCCCCACACUAACGAGAUCCUUCUUGGGAAGCUUUUACCAAGGUUUCAAGCUGAAAAUCUUGCACACAACAAGAAGUUGUAUGAAAGGAUUGUAGAAAUAGCUGCAAAGAAAGGAUGUACUCCUUCACAACUAGCAUUAGCCUGGGUGCACCACCAAGGAAAUGAUGUAUGCUCAAUUCCUGGUACCACUAAGAUUGAGAACUUUAACCAGAAUAUUGGUGCAUUGACUGUGAAGCUGACAGCAGAAGACAUGGCCGAGCUUGAAAAAUUUGCUUCUGCUGAUUUGGUCAAGGGCGAUAGAUAUACACCUGAUAUGGCAACAUGGAAACGAUCUGAUACUCCGCCCUUGUCUACAUGGAAAGCUGCCUAAUGCUUUCGUGUAGUGGUCUCUACUCUAUCCGCAUAUUAGUGUAUGGGAGUGAGUUGUAACCUGUCUUGAGUGGUUUCUUUUGAGAAUAAGCACCUUAUAAGGGCAGAGUAGAUGUGUUUAUUUUCAUCUCUUUUAUUUUCUAAUGAACUACUACUUCAGCUGUUUGCUUUUUCCAAGCUUAUUUUUAUCAUAAGCUAAAAUAUGGUUGUUGUAGCCAUGAUAUUUCUGGAAAGAAUAUCACAUUAUAUGGCGUCAUACUGUAGUCGUGGUUCCAGCCAACCCUUACGGCUGGCCUGUUUGGAUGGAGUGUUAGAAGGGGUUAGUAAUGAAAGUGUUAAAGAGUGUUGGC